AUGACAAGCUGGGCCCCAACCCUCCAUCUGGAUCUGGAAAGUACCUGGGCCACAGGACAAAGCUGCACCAACAAAGGGAAGAACACUUCUACUAGAAGCUGUGUCAGGGAACAGAUGCAAACCAGGCCUGCCCCCAAACCCCCAAGACCACUGACCCAUCACAGAGAGAGAAGCAACUUCCGCUCCAGCCCUCAGGCUGUCCCCAACUUAAGGCCCAUUGACAGGGAAGCUGAGGCUCCCGAACUGACACAGGAGCUGCCAGGCAGCACUAAGCCGGGUGCUGGGGCCCGGGGCCCGGGGCCUACCCCCUUCCCACGCGCACGCGCACCCUGCCCGGGGCUGAGACGCCCCCUCCCUUCACGCGCUCGAGUGCGCGCACGCUUCCUCCCCCGCCCCCAGGCCUCGGGGACACCUCCCCACUCCGGCCUUGACGCUCGGAUACUGAGAGCAAACAGAAGCUCCCAGUCCGUCUCGGCCCGGCGCUCGUGGGCUGUCAGGGGAUUCGGCCAGGCUGAGUCGCUGACAGAGCCCGGCCCGGUUCCCUCACCUGGGUGUGCGUGUGCCCGUCGCCGCCUCUCUCCCGGCACGGCACGGGCCGAGCCCCGUCGCCCCCUCCUGGUCCCGCCCGGGGCCGCCACCGACAGCGCGGGGGCGGGCGGAGGAGGCCAGGAUGACGGCGACCACGGCAGCCCGGUGGAGGUAGACGGAGAGGCGGGGCCUGCCUCCGCGGCGGCCGCGUCAACGACUGCGACGCGGGAAGGCCACGCCCCUCGACCUGCGCGCUCGCUAAGAGCGGAGCCUGCGUCUGGUGUGGGGGCGGAGCCUGUCCAAGAGAAGAGGCGGGUCUGUGAAGGGCUAUCCGCAGAUAGCCAUUGGAUGAACUUUGGGAUUCUUCGCCUCAAAGAAAACUGCUUUUCCACGAAUAGGUGAUGCUUUGUAAACAGCUGUAUUAGUUGAAAGAGCUCAUCAAAGCCAUAUCUAAGGGGAGAGAGAAAAUGACUUACCCACUUAAAAGGAUGAGAAUCAACGGACUAACAAGGAGCAGGGAAACAGUUUUGUAGGGUGCAGAUGCUCCUGAAUGGACUAGUAACUUUGGUGCCUGCCAAAGUUACUCUCUAAACACCUGAAUUUUCUUCCUUCUGUGUUCCCAAAAGAACACGCCCACUCUUUACCAUAAUUUUGAAAUGCAAUUUGGGGAGAUUGUCUAGGUUUAUAUAUGUAUUAUGCAUUUCAUUAUGCAUGUGUUUUCUUUAUUGUAUUUGCUUAUAUCAUUGUUUCUUUUGCCUUAAUAAGUAAAUGGUUAUGUUAAAAAUCCAAAAGCACCAUUAUUAAAAGGAACUAGUUGUGUAUUUGGAAAACAUACUCACUAGGGGCUCAAGAGCUAGAGAGGUAAGUGAGAAGUAUAUGUCUGGGACCCUAAGAGCAUUUGAAUGUAACCAGGUGUUGGUGGUAGCUGAUAUCUGGGAACGUGGGCUAGCUGGUGUGAGAGCAAGACGGAGGAGUAAGCCAUACCGAGAAAGAAGUAGGGAUAUUUCACAUGCCUAAGCGAUCUAUAUUAGGGUAUACGCCCUACACAGUGUGGGUAUAUCCCACUGGGUGUUUAGACCCCACUUGUAUCACAGGUAAAGUAUUACAUUGUGGG